AUGGCGAAGACUUCGCAGAGGAAGCAUCGUGACUGGGGAAAACAGUUCCAACCAAAGCCAGGUUUAAACAUCUCCAUCCCUUUGAGGAUGUCCACUUACAUAUUCAGGAGACCAGUUACUAGAAUCACAUCCCAUCCCGGCAAUGAGGUCAGAUGCUGCCACAAGGAGGAAACCCUGGACACCCCCCAGCAGCUGUGCUGGCAGAGGAGACUGCAAGGACUCCAGGCGCGCAGCAGCACAGGAGAACCACUGAGUCCUCUGGAUCUUGCCAAAGCCUUGCAAAAACUUGUACCAAGAUGCGCUGGUGAAUCUCUGCCAGGGGUGCACACAGGCGGUCCCAACCCCAGCCCCGGGCCCACCCCUGCCCGGUCUUCAGAUUUGUCAGAGAUGACUCCAGGAGCUGGUCUGGGCAUCCUGCAGCUCCUCUGCAAACAGUCUCUGGUCACUGAGGAGGAGAUCAGUGAUCAGGAAAGUAAAGUGAAGACAGCAAGAGAGAGACUGGCAAUAGCACUGACUGCAGACAGACUGGCGAGUGAGGCAGAGAGAAUUAGGGGCCAAGAAGGAUGUCCCGACAAACACCAUGACAAGGAGAGACGAUGGUGCCAAUGAAAUUCCGCACGGCACUUUAUUGCUGUCUCUUUGCAGCGUUCUUGCUUUGAGUUUGUGAAACUUUAAGAUAUACUAAUAAAAAAAAUUUAAACUACAACUAUACUUUAAAAGAGAA